AUGGUUUCUACAGUUUAUUCUUUUCGAGCAAUUUGUGAUUUUCAAUAUUUACCUUUGAGCAAUUUUAAUUUAAAUGAAAGUGUUGAUGAAGCACAUAUUCGUCAUGAUUUGGUUCCUAUACUUGUUCCAAACGAUUUUCUUUCUUCUUUAUCUUGGUGGAAUGAGGAUCAUUCUGGAUCUUCCCAAGCUUCAACUUCUUUAACCUCCAAAUUAUUUAACGAAGCACAUCAAUUUUUACCUCCAUAUCAAUUUAGUCGUUACAAUCAUCCUUCAAAAUUUUUGUUACAUGACGAAGUUGACCACAAAGCAACGCGGGGAAAUGUUGGGCAUGGAAAAAGCCUUCGUUGUGAACGUAAAUCCCUAACAACUACAGUUAAUGCAAAGGAUCCGUUUCCUGUCGCGCCAAGUGAGGAAGCUUUACGUGACGUUGACUUGAGGCAAAUUAAUUAUUUUUAA